AUGUACCUGGUCACGGUGCUCGGGAACCUGCUCAUCAUCCUGGCUGUCAUCUCUGAUUCCCACCUCCACACUCCCAUGUACUUCUUCCUCUCCAACCUGUCUGCUGUUGACAUCUGUUUCACCUCUACUGUGCUCCCAGAGAUGAUUGUGGACAUCUCAACUCACAGCAGAGUCAUAUCCUACAUGGGAUGCCUCACCCAGAUGUCAUUUUUUUUAAUGUUUGCAUGUAUGGAUGCCAUGCUUCUGACUGUGAUGGCCUAUGACCGGUUUCUGGCCAUCUGCCACCCUCUGCACUAUGCAAUCAUUAUGAAUCCUCGCCUCUGUGUCUUACUACUUUUGCUUUCUCAUCUGUCAGUUGUUUGCUUAUUUUAUGGGACAGCUAUUGGAGUGUACCUUGGUUCGUCUGUGUCAUAUUCUCCCAGGAAGGGCAUGGUGCUCUCAUUGAUGUACACUGUGGUCACCCCUAUGCUGAAUCCCUUCAUCUACAGCCUGAGGAAUAGGGACAUCACUAGCACCCUGAAGAGGCUCCACUGUUUUUCAAGUCUAAUCUCAGGUUGUUUGGCAUCCAUUAGGGAUGCCAUUUUUGAAAAUCUAGUGAAAGUGAAUACCCCUAACUCACUUGUGAACACUAUCUUAUUUCACAUAUGA